CUUCACUUCGGCCAAACUGAAACUGGCAGCCGGAGAGGCAGUAGCUGUGUUCGCUUAGCAGAGAAGACCUAUAACGAUACCUACAGCAUCGCUUUAUUUAUUGAAAGUGCACAUAACAAAGGAUACCCCUAAGAAAGAAAAUCCAAGGAUUUAUUUCUGAAAUUACCAGAAAAAGAAUGACUCUGAAUAAAGGUGACAGGCUGCGGAAUCUGGACAAGAGGCGGAGCAGCAUGCCUUUCCCAAUGAACCAGCAUCUGCACAGGAGAAGCAUGCCGGUAGACGAGCGGGAUCUGAAGUCCGCGAUGCCCACCCUGCAGCUGGGAGAGCUGUCCAACCUGGUCCGGUGUACCUCAUACAGCCCCGACGAGCAGCACAGAGACAGCUGGGUCUCCGACUCGUCAGAUUCUGUCAUCUCCUCCGGCAGUGACACAGAGGGACAAGUCUACAAAGUGGUGCUAUUGGGCGAGCAGGCAGUGGGCAAGUCCAGCCUGGCUCGGAUAUUCGGUGGGAUCGAAGACACCCACGAUUGCGAAGAAGCUGGAAACACAUACGACAGAUCAGUCAUUGUUGAUGACGAGGAGGCUUCCAUUGUUUUAUACGAUAUAUGGGAACAGGACAACAGCCACUGGCUGCAGGACCAGUGUAUGAAGAUAGGCGACGCCUACAUCAUUGUGUAUUCCGUGACAGACAAGGCCAGCUUCGAGAAGGCUUCGGAGCUGAGGAUCCAGCUGCGGAGAGCCCGGCAGUCCGAGAAUAUCCCCAUCAUCCUGGUGGGAAACAAGAGUGACCUGGUCCGCUCGCGAGAGGUCUCUGUGGAAGAGGGAAGGGCGUGCGCCGUGGUUUUCGACUGCAAGUUCAUCGAGACGUCGGCGUCUCUCCACCACAAUGUGCAGGCCCUGUUUGAGGGUAUCGUGAGGCAGAUCCGCCUGCGGAAAGACAGCAAGGAGGACAACGCACGGCGCCUGGCCAACAGCAAGCGGCGGGAGAGCAUCGGCAAGAAGGCCAAACGCUUCCUGGGCCGCCUAGUGGCCAAAAACAACAAAAAAAUGGCCUUUAAACAGAAGUCAAAAUCCUGCCAUGACCUCUCUGUGCCCUGAGGCUCCUACUCAAACUGCACCAGACCGGAUGCUGUGCAAUACAGGCUUGGAGUUUGAGGACUCUGAGGACUGGUAUUGCUGUAUUAUACUGAAAUAAUAAUACACACAAACAAAAAAACUGACAGG